GUGGUGGUGGAUGGGAUGUAGUCUAGUGGCAGCGAUGGGCGGGGUUCCCCGUGGCUCCCGGCGCAGUUCCAGCCGGAAGGAGCUGCUGGCCGGGCAAAGGCGAGAGAGCGGCUGAGUGAUGGCAAAUAUUGCUGUAGUCAUGUCCCACCAGACCGGCAUCCAAGCUAGUGAAGAAGUCAAAGAAAUCUUUGCCAGAGCUAGGAAUGGCCAAUACAGGUUUUUAAAAAUAGUUAUUGAAAAUGAGCAGCUUGCUGUGGGACGUGCCAAGCAACCUGGUUCAACCUGGGAAAAGGAUUAUGAUUCCUUUAUUCUCCCUCUGCUUGAAGAAAGACAAUCAUGUUAUCUCCUGUACAGAUUAGAUUCUCACAAUGCCCAAGGAUAUGAAUGGAUCUUUAUUGCAUGGUCACCAGAUCAUUCUCCUGUAUGUAACAGAAUUAAAUUGAUGACAACAAACUAUACAUUAAACUCUUUUAAACAUAUCUUUUACUGCAAAUUAGUAUUUGGUUAUUCCUAUACUUCACAGAUCCAUGUGCUUGUCUUCCACUUUCUCACCCUUAAGUCAUGUCUUUUUUGGCUAACAGGCACCCAUUGGAAAGGAUAGUACUAAUUAAAACAGAAA